CAUUCACCUGCCUGGACAUCGGCCCUGAGCCUGCCAUGAGUGACUCAUGCCUGCCAUUUAUGGCUGGAGCCAACACUGUGGAAGAGCAGAGGGCUCGCUGGGAGAGAAAGCGCAGCCGGACUGCCAAGGAAUUGCUGGAAACCGAAUACAGAUACCUUGAGCAGCUGGAUUUGGUGGUCACAUUCUUUGUGAAAAUUUUAAAGGCCAAAGGGACGCUGAAACCUGCUGUGUUGGAAACUAUAUUUGGACCUGUGGAAUCCAUAUAUGCAGCCAGCCAUGUUCUGUCACUUCACCUGGAGAGAGGGGAUUUAGGACUGGGAUUGCAAAAUUUCUGUGAGAAUCUGGAGCUUUAUGGCCACUACACUGAGAAUUUGGAGCAUGCAAAUAAAACCUUGAAGGAGCAACUGAGGAAAAAUAAGUCAUUCCGACGGUUUAAGAAACUUCAGGAGACUCGACCUCAGUUUCAGGGCAGGAAGCUAGAGGAUCUGCUUCCUUUGCCCCUGCAGAGGCUGCACCAGUACAAGCAUUUCCUCAGAGACCUGCUGGAGAACACCAGCCCAGACAGUGCUGAGUACCAGAAACUUGCAAAGGCUGUGAAAUCUGUUUCUGAGGUAUCUCAGUGGGUCCAAGACAUCAUUUGUAAGAGGGAGAACUCAUUGCAGCUACUUCGGGUUCAGAAACUGCUCAAAGGACAGAAGACGCGGGUGUUGACUCCAGGGCGCUGGUAUAUCCGGGAAGGCUGGCUUCUGAUAGUGCCUUCAAAGGGAGAAGAACUGAAGCAUAGGAUGUUCUUCCUUUUUUCUGAUAUCUUGAUUGCGACAAAGCCCUGCCACCCACUGCACCGGCUGAACUCAAACACUGUCUACCCACUUCACCAGUGCACAGUGGAUAAAGUGUUCGGCCACACACAGAGCCAGGGAGGGCUCCUCAGUCUUUCCUUUCCACGCAAGACACUGCUGUUGAUGUCCAACAAUCAGCAAGAUAUUAAUGACUGGUACCAAAGUCUCACAGCUGCAGUCAA